UUUUUUUGAAGAUUAUAAAUAAAUAAAUAAAUAAUAAAUAAAUAAAUAUUAUAGGACAUUAUUACACAAAUUGACUAAGUCCCACAGUAAGCUCAAUAAGGCUUGUGUUGAGGGUACUUAGACAACGAUAUAUAUAAUAUAUAAAUAUUUAUAAAUACUUAAAUACAUAGAAAACACCCAUGACUCAGGAACAAAUAACCAUGCUCAUCACACGAAUAAAUGCCCUUACCAGGAUUUGAACCCGGGACCAUCGGCUUCAUAGGCAGGGUCACUACCAACAAGGCCAGACCGGUCGUCAUUAUGGUUAUAUUGUUUGCAAUUACUUGUUGUAUUACAGUUAUAAAAGAUUAAUCAUAUGUAUUUGUUUUUCAGGUAAAUACAACCUCAACGACCACCAUCCACGAGAUGCCUCAGAAAAGGUCGGUGGCGCACGAGCCCGAUGAGCGCGUGCGCAGCGGCCGCCAUGCGCGAAAAGCACGCGGCGCCGCGCCGCCUCGCCUCCCCGCCCACCUCGCCGCACGAUCAUGUCUCCAGCCCUCUCGGCUCGCCGCGCGCCGACGAGCCACUCGACCUCAGGGUCACCCAUAAGCGCCCGCAGCGUCUCGAAGAUGAGAACUGCAACCUCAUCACGCCCUCGCCGCCGCCGCAUCCUACGCACCCAGCUCACCCGGCCCAUCCGGCCCUGCUCCAGUUCUGCCGACGGUUGCCCCUGGCAUUACCGGCACCUUUCGGCCGCUACCCAUUCUUGCCGGCUGCAGCAGCGACCCUGCUCGCCCCGGGCGCUCCUCGUGCACCCCCAGUACCCCCCAGCCCCGGUGCGCCGAGAGCACGGGAUCGCUACACGUGCUCGUACUGUGGAAAAGCCUUUCCGCGUAGUGCUAAUCUUACUCGGCACCUAAGAACGCAUACGGGCGAGCAGCCUUACCGCUGUAAAUACUGUGAACGCUCGUUCUCAAUAUCGUCCAACCUACAGCGGCACGUAAGAAAUAUCCAUAAUAAGGAAAGACCGUUUAGAUGUCGUCACUGCGACCGCUGCUUUGGACAGCAAACUAAUCUCGACAGGCAUCUUAAAAAGCACGAAGCGGAAAAUGGCGACGAUAACCGUCGGAGAUCACCUGACGAGACAUACUUUGAGGAGAUCAGGUCAUUUAUGGGACGAGUGGCCCCGGCGCGUCGCGUCGCCGCCGCUGCCAACGCCGCUGACCACACCUGAUAGUGGACCAACAUCAUUCAUCUUUUACUAUAAUCUGGUCGAAACAUCCAAAUGACUCUUAUGUAGACUUUACUGAACUUUUGUUGGUGUGUGUGUUGUAUCUCAAUCAGCUUCUAGUGUCUUCUAGCUAGACUUGAAGGAUUAUAAAAAUAUAAUAUGUAUUACGACAAAGCAAAUAGAUGCUCUCAAACAUGAAAUGUUUUAAACAGCUCUCUAAGGCAUCUGACUAAUUGUAUUAAGACAGUAAGCUAAAGCAUACAAUAAUUCUCAGCGCUUUAUUCGAGUUAUUUUCAUAAAUUUUCACAUGAUUGUUACCUAUUUUAUUGACGUAAUUCCGAACAUCGCAGUAAGUUGUAAGUUGUAACCCGGUUUCUGGGAAGCAACUGGCCUCUAUGUUGGCUUAGAUUAUGCUCCGAAGUGAUAUCGCGUCGUUCGUCGUGUUGUAAAUAGUUUGGAGCUCUUUCAAAGUAAUUUAGUCUCUUUACCGAAUCAAUUUACCGGUAGAGUUAUAGGUAUUACAAACCCGCACUAGAUGUACGUAUAAAUAAUUGCUCUUGUCGUGAAAGACAUUAAAUAGGUAUUUUGCCUAAUUAUUUUAAGCCUCCAGAGUGUUCGCUAUAUUUUAAUAACAAUUAUUGAUAAAUAUAUAGUUAUUGUCUGAAUGUAUGUAAGAAUUCUGUUAAUAUUUUUUUUGUAAAUUUUGCUUUAGUCGUUAUAAGGUAAUUAGUAUUAUUAGUCUGAGAGGAAACGCCGGUUACCAAUAAAAUUAUAACUUGUUGUUUAUUAAAGAUAUGAAUAUUUUUAUAAAAUGUUAGAAAAGUUAUUAAAAAGUAUCUAAUA